AUGUUCCGCGCCUUCGGCUGCCAGCGCUCGAUCGUGCCGCGGGAGCGCUACAGCACGCUCGCCGAGGACAUCGACAAGAAUCCCACGGUCUUCGGCAAGCUGCUGCGCCGCGAGCAGCCGGUGCGCGUCUUGCACGAGGACGACACGUACUUCGCGUUCCGCAACAUCAAGCCCUACGCGCCGCUCGCGGGCCUCGUCAUCCCGAAGCGGCGCCUCCUCCAGGACCCGGACGCGCUUGGGCCCGAGGACCUGCCGGUCGUCGAGGACCUCAAGCGCAUCGCGCUCGACAUCUGCGAGCGCGAGAAGCCCGACGCGUUCAAGGCCAACGACUACUGGCUCCGCUUCCAUCCCCGGCCGUUUAAUAGCGUGGACCACCUCCACCUCCACGUCCUCGCGCCCGUCAGCCAGGUUUCCGUCUGGACGACGCUCGUCUUCUUCGCGCACGGCCUCCACGCGGCGGACGUCGACGACGUCCUGGCGCGGCUCCGCGGAGGCGACGGCGCGAAGCCUAAGGAGGGCUCGUAG